UUUCUUAGCUUGUCAGAUUGUUAACUAUUGCGAAAAGGUAAAAAGCACACACGACACUGACAGGCACCUUCUCCACGCGCCACCUACCUCGAGUGCGCCUCCACAGGGAAAGCCUCAGUGUUCCUGGACAAGUGGCGGGCUGUGGAGCACCGUCUGAGGAUCGUGAUGACCUGCCGGGCUAAGUCCCACCUCUCCCUCAUCGUCUUGGGCGCCUAUGUGGUGAUGGCGGUCGCUUCCUUGGGCUUGCUCACCUACCAGUACUUCCAUCAGUCCAACUCCUCCGUCUACUACGGCAACCUGGUGGAGGCCCCGUGGUCGCUGGUGCUGCACGUGGUUCAACACGCCACCGUGCUCCUGACGUGGGCCGGUCUGCUGGUGCCCGAGGCCUUCCUCAUCCUCGCUGCCCACCACCUCUCCCUCUACUACAAGACCCUCAACGCUGCCCUCGACGACAUCUUUUACAAGUGGGCUCAAGACAGGUCUCAGCACUCGGCACCAUCUUACGGGCUCAAGAUUAAAUACAUUGGCACCGAGCAGCACCAGCGUCCAGAGAGCCACCAGUGCCACUUGAAGAAGCUACGAGAGGUGUGGAGUCUGUACGAUGAGGUAGACGAGGUCCUGGCACACCUCAACAAGGUCUUCUCUCCCUUGGUGCUGAUGAACUUCGCGGCGUAUACUGUCAUGAUCUGCACGCUCCUCAUUCCCGUGCUGAAGACCCGAAAAAUCCUCGCCAGCAUCGGAUUCCUCGGAAACGCUCUUUUUUACCUGGUUCGAACUCCUGUUCUCUUCUUGGGUCAAGCUUGUGUUCACGACCAGGCCAGCAGCACCAAGGUGGUGGUAAGUCGCGGUCACGAGCGUCUAGCUAUGUCAGGGCUCUACCUGACGGAGCUCGAAGCCUUCAUCGCCCGCCUUUCUGCCAGCACCAGCGGCCAGGGGAUCAGCGCCUGGGGGUUCUUCUGCGUCAAGAGAGGGACCAUGCUUACCUUCAUCUCUAUGCUGGCGUCCUAUGUGGUGGUCAUGCUGGAAUCUUGAGGCAGGAGGGAGAAGAGGAGUAGGAUGAUAAGAAGGCAAAUGAGCGGGGCAAUAAGGGAAUGACUGAAGCACUGAGGAUAAAGAGGGAGGACAAUAUUAGGAGAUUUGCCAUUCGAAAUAAUCAAAGGAGUGACAUGGACUGAAUUUAAGACUCAGAUAGCAACUGUAACCAUAAAGAUAAUAAAAAUGACCACGUACUACGUCCAUCAUCAAGAACGACCAGGUACUGCGACCAUCAACAGGAACGACCACGUUCUUCGACUAUCAACAAGAACGACCACGUACUACGACCAUCAACAAGACCACGUAUUACGUCCAUCAACAGGAACGACCACGUACUACGACCACCAACAAGAACAUGUCUGUGAAAAGCUUAAACAUAAUUUACUAAUCCUCUUUUAAAUGGCUUUAAAAAUGCAAGCGUUUGAAUAUCUUACGUCUCUUGUGCCUGUUACUUUAGUUACCACAAGCUGGUACUGAAAAUUUACUGUGCAGUUAUCUGUAACAAAUUCGAUCUUAUCUUCACCUGUAUAUCAUUAAAAGAUACGGAAACUAAUUAAUUACCAUUGCCAUUAACCAUUCAGUUACAAACAAUGACUUAGCUGCAUGUUAUAGCCGUCUUUUCAUUACCAUCUUAGGAAAAAUAGCGUGUUUGUGUUUUGAUGGGUUACCCACCCAUUAGGUGGGUAAUAUUAAUCAAAUUAUUACACUCUGUAACCUGUACGAAUAGAAAAACAGUGGUGGUGCCACGCUAUCAUUGAAAUUCCAGAUGGGCACAGUCGUAGAGAUUGCCAAGAUCGGCGGCAAGUGGGUACCAACUCUGUUGUAUGGAAUAGUUUUAUGUGUAAUGCUGCCGGGUAUGUAUGCACAGUUGUCUAUAGCGCAUCGAACGCUUAUUACCAAGGAUUUUAGACAAAUGUUUCCUGCAAAGUCUUUUAAACAGGAAUGAAUUAAACAAGAACAAGAAUAAACUAAAUAUUUACCCAUAAUCAAUACAGAAUAGUAUAUUGACACUCAGAUUAUAUUUUUUAAAAAAUAAAAUAAGAUUAUUAUUAAUAGCAAUUAUUAGGUAGUCAACAGGUAGUUAAUAAUCUAGUGUACCUUGAGGCAGAACACGUGUUUUGAAUGUUGUUACACCAAACUAACAUUUUAUAUAUAUAUAUAUAUAUAUAUAUUGUCAGCAAUGCAUAUAACUAACAUCACAUUUUUCAGUAACUAAAUGUUCAAAUUCUAUGGCAAGGAAUAAAAUGAAAUAUCAGAAGAAAAGCCCUUCAACAUUUGUAAUUCUUAAGCUACUUAAGAUUAACUUAAGAUUAACUUAACUCAAGUGUCGAAACGUCUCUCUUUAAUGAUAACAAGUUAUACCUCUAGUUUGUCAGUCUAUUCUUGAGGGAAGGAACUCAAUAAAUGCUUUGUGAUAUUUGUGAAAUACAAAUAGAUCAGCCGGAUAAUCUUCGUGUUAAUGAGUGUGGAUGCAAGAUAUUGAGUAGGAGGAUUUAAAUCUCCUUCACCCCUAGAUGUAUGAACAUAAUCUCGAAUUUUAUUUAACAAACUAGUUGUGAAUAAUUCUUGAAACACCCUAUUCACCCAGUCAAUCCCCAUAAGAACCGUGGGCGCGUAUGUUUGUAAUAAGGCAACACAAGAUCAUAAGAAGCGAUAUUAUUUUAUUUUUAAUUUCUGUCUUGAUGAAACAAUGUGUUAUUUCUUGCAUAUCACAGAACUACAUGAAAUU